GUUGCGGGUUUUAAUCACGCAGAAGCUUGUUUCAUAUGAUGGACGGGCCUAAACAAUUAGACGUAGAAACUUUGCAAGACCUCUACGCGUGGAUAGACAAGAUACCGCUCUCAAGACCCAAACGGAACAUAGCAAGAGAUUUUAGCGAUGGAGCAGUUAUGACUGCAGAAGUAGUGAAGCAUUUCUUCCCUAAGCUGGUGGAGCUGCACAACUACACGCCUGCACAUUCCACGCAGCAGAAGCUGAGUAACUGGAUCACCCUGAACAGAAAAGUUUUCUCCAAAUUAAACUUCCAUAUACCUGAGGAGACGGUGAAGAAAAUUGUAGUCAGCACAGCAGGCUACAUCGAACCGGUUCUUUGCUCACUGAGAGAGAAGAUAGAAGAAAAACAAGCUGGAAAGCAAUUAGAUGGCACACAGGACUUGGAGUAUUACAGCACUACAAAUGGACAGCCGAGAGACAGAAUGGUUAUUGAGACCACUCAUACCAAUCCAGCCACUGUGAAGAAGACAGACAAAGCCAGUGCUGCUGCAGCCCUGGGACCAAAUGUGGAUCCAGCUGUCCGUUUGCUCUUGGAGGAAAAGGAGCAAGCUAUUUUGGCUUUACAGGAGACUGUUGAGAUUUUACAGAUUAAGGUAGACCGAUUGGAGCAUCUCAUGCAUCUUAAGGAUCUUCGCAUCGAGGACUUGACAAAGCACUUACAGCAAUAUAAGGCACGCAACUCAUAAUCUCAUUAUUAAAAUAUAAAGAGCCACCAUUUAUUUCAGGAAUGAAACUCUUAAUAAACUGUUACCGUGAGCUGGUCUGUUGUCCAUAUGAAAUCAUCUCAUUUUAGUCACCUGUUUUCUGACUUUCUGAUUGAUGGCACAAUAACUAGAACAUUGUAUCAGCUGAGAGCAUGUACAGCAGUUUAUGCCUUUCACUGGAACCCACCAAACUUUGGCAGUAAAGUCUUUAUUCCUGGUGACAUUUCAGCAAUUCUGUGAAUAAUUUAGUUUAUUCUGAACAGAAACUGCGAUUACUGUGAUAGUGUUUUCAUUUCUCAAAGAAUGUUACAGUUUUGUGAUUUAAGAACUUUAUUGUCUAGAGUUUACAGCAGAUUCCUAUAAAAAAUUUUUUUAUUUUUUUGCUGCGCAAGCUAUACUGUUCAUAAGUCAGCUGACUUCACAAUAUUAUUAUGCGUCAUGUCAUAAGACCAGUAUUGUGGUCCGCCAUGUCUGGGGUUGAUGUUAGACUGAAAGUAAACAGUUUGCAUUAAAAUUGAUUUCAUUCUGACAUCAGCAUGGAAACUGACUCUUUGGCCAAUAUACUUUAUGACAAAAGUUAUGUAUGCUUUUUGCAUAAAUGCUAAAAUGUCCCAUGCAGACAGUAACAGGAAGUAAAACUUUUAAGUUUCACUUCUCCUCUUUUAAGAAUAUAUAUUUUAUCCUCAUUUGACACAUACAUUGAUGCCAGCCCAUUAUCAUUAUUAUUAUUAUUAUUAUUAUUAACAGUGCAUGACAGAUUGUGGUUUUGACACAAUGUUUUUAGAGACAAUUGAUUUAGUUCAUUAUUGCUCAGCCAAAACAUAGAGAAAGGUCCAUUGAAGAAGGCUUGUCAGCUCACCACAGUUGCCCAUGUCAGUGGAACCAGUUUUAGACUCAGUUCCCCGUAUGUGCUUACCCAAUGUGUGCAAAGGUACUAACACUUCACAUUCUCUGUAUUUCCAUGGGGGACCAUAAACCGCUCCCUGUUUUCACCACAAGCUUUUCUUUAUCAAAAAGUCAUCAAAGCAGAUUUGGCUCCAGCAGGGUUGCAGCUGCUCAUCCUCUCUCUGCUCUUUUGGCCAGAGGAGUUCACAAAGCAUUUUUGGAACAGUAUUUGCAAUCACUUUGUGCCUCUCUCAUGAGGCAUGUGUUUAUGGUAACAUCAACCCCAUGUGGAAACCUCAGACCAAAUGUAAACAGUUCUUAAGAAAAGUUGAGAACGGAAAAAAGCAUUCUCUGUCUGUAUGUAAGAGAUUAUUACGAAUUACGAAUGAUUUCUUAUAAAUGACUGAAUACUUAUCCUGAAAGAGAUGUGUUUCAUAUGUGAAAAAUAUAAAGGAAGCUGAUACUUUUGAGUACUCCACGUGUCCAUAAAGUUCUCAGAGCUCCCUGGUGACUCAAGCUGAGCUCUUGGAAAAGAGACCGGCAGAACUUUGGGGGUUGGAUCUUUGGGUGGUAAAGCAGCAUUAAAGCUCUGUGAGUCACACUGAAUUACAGUCAAAAGCAUGCCUGAGCCCCUCAGCAUGCAGACGAUAUAUGAAGCACACUGUGAGAACGUCUGGAACGGGAGUUGUUCUCAUAAAGAGAGAAUGAGCGUUGUACUCCCUCUGGUCUACAGCAAUGUCUCAUUUUUAAGACCAUCUGCAGAAGGACAGAGUAUUAAAAAGUCUGAUCCAAUAGAGAAAAAGUAAACUAAAGUAAUGCAGAUGCUGUUCUUCAGGGGGGUUUUCCAGGAUUGUUCAAAUGUCUUUAAAUGAAAGCGUUUACUCCUUCACUACUUUAUUAGGGUCAGUUGAAGUGUGCGUGUUUAGUGCUUACACUUUAAAGAAAUCUGUUCUUCAAAUGUUUUAUUUGUUGUCAUGUUUUAUGCACUACUCC